GAAUCGAAUUUCAUGUCGAUUCAAUGUAAAAUGUCAAUAUUUAUCUGUUGAGGUUAGCUUUUCAAUGUCGCAAGAUUAAAUUUGCCGUAUUGAAAUUAAUUAUUUUUUAACAAAUCAAUCGAUCCUCGUGAGAGGCAACAUGCCGGGUCCAAUCGAACACCGGAGUGUUACUCCAUUAAUAAAAUUGAUUCGGGACAUUGGCCGAGGUAGAGAAGUUACACUGAACAAUAGGUGGCCUGAUCAGCAGUCUAAGCGCACUCAACCUCCACCAGAAAUACCAGGAGGACCGUAUCAUAAAACUUCAGAAAUUUAUUAUUAUCUUCGAGAUGGAAGACGAGAGGUUCAACCACCAUUAGUAAUUACUGGACCAAAACAGAUUGGUACAGAAAAGGAACUUUCUGCUGAAAAGAAAUAUAUUACUCCAGGAAAAACUUAUAAUUGGGGUUCUUAAGCUUUCUUCAGUCAAGCUAGGGUUAUUGUUGUUUCACUGCAAACUACAUUGACAUAUAAUAUUCAAUGACAAGUUUGCUUCAUCAUUGUACAUAGAAAAUUAAAUUCUUUGCUUUAUC